UUUAUCUUAACGCUAUCAAUGAGAUCUGUUUUUAUUACAUCAAGUCUGACUUCCGUUUUAAAUGUGUUAUUGCGACUUACAUCAUGAAUAAUUCAUAAGGGCUGGAAGGGAGGCUUUGGCUGUACAGGAAGGGUUGCACUAUGUCGGAUCGUGAGAGUGGUGACGAGCUGCAGGCUCAGGGAUCAGGGGAACAGGAGUUGGCAACAAGGACUCUCCAGAUACAGUCCAAGAGAUUCUACCUUGAUGUUAAACAGAACAGACGAGGCCGCUUCAUUAAAAUUGCAGAGGUUGGAGCUGGAGGGAAGAAAAGUCGUCUUCUUCUUGCUAUGUCAACAGCAGCAGAAUUCCGAGACUACUUGACUGAAUUUAGUGAACAUUAUGCAUCCCUUGGCCCUCCUAACCCUGAUAACUUGCCAGAGGAUGGAAAAUUGAAAAGUGAGCAGAUGGUGAAAGAAAACCGACGUUACUAUCUAGACCUAAAAGAAAACCAGAGGGGGCGGUUUCUGAGGGUAAGUACGGUUGCACAGACCAGGCCACGUGGUGGUCCUCGUUCUCAAAUUGCUAUUCCUGCUCAGGGAAUGAUUGAGUUUCGAGAUGCCCUCACUGAUCUUCUGGAUGAAUUUGGGACAGAUGACCAUGGUGAGUCAGACAAUGAGGGACAGAAUGAAUUACCAGAGAGUAAAUACUUAAGAGUAGAAAACAAAGUUUUCUACUUUGAUGUUGGAUCAAACAGGCGUGGUGUUUACCUCAGAAUUUCUGAAGUCAGAGCUAACUAUAGGACUGCAGUUACCAUUCCAGAGAGGUCAUGGGGCAGGUUUCGGGACAUGCUAUGUGAGUUCUGUGACAGUUCAUCAACCAGUAAAGAUAGUGCAGGAGGAGGAGGAGGAGGGGGUGGGGGAGAAAGCCAAUAGGCCGUUACAGUCGAGGAAAGGAAAUGUGCUUUACGCGGAUCAGAGGACAUGCACCAUGAAAGCUUAACAUUGUGAAAGUGACCAGUUUAUUUAUUUGUAAGUUGGAUUGUCUACUGAAUUUUGUCAGAUUGAGUGUUGUGAGUAAAGAGACAGACCAGAAAUAAGCAGCUUAUAGACUCUAGGUAAAGUUGGAUACUGCAUCCAGUGGAUAAGGAUUAACACAAAGGCAAAGAGAACCUAGUCUUUCAUGAACUGUUACAUAGUAAUUUAAAAUUAUUUCAAUAUGUGAUUUUGUAUUAUUUAUAUCAUGACAGGUCCUAAGGACUUAUGAACAAUUCAAUCCAUUAAUCAUGCAAGACAAGCAAACCUAGACAAAGGAAAGUCAGACAAAAUAUUCAUUGUAAAUCUUAUAAAGCACAUUUCCUUUGUCACAAUUACCUCCCUUGUGAGGCUGAACGGAAAGGUAAGCAGAGCAGAUUUUAUCUCAUUGUAAAGAACAAUGUUGGGUGUUUUUUGACAACUAGUGUUAUAGUUGUGAUUUGCGUAGUGCGGUGUAUGGAUAUUUAUGAUAAAAGUUAAGUAUGUUCUUUGUUCUGCACAUUUAGUGCACAUAUUAUGUUGUAUGGUUAAUUAAUAAUGUGGUCAUAAAACACACCCUCUGAAUUAAUAGAUAUACAUUGAUGAAAUUUUGAAUUGUGUAUUGGUGCACCAAAGAUUGUAUUGUUUUAGUUGAUAUUGUUUGCUCCUUGUUAGAGAAGGUUUAUGUAUAUUUAUCUUAUUUCUGUCAGAUUGUUGAAAUCAUAUUUUUCCUGUUAUUGGCUGAGCUACAAAAGAUAGUUGUUGAAUUAUAAUGUUAAGAUUUUAUCAAUUUAAAUCAUUAAGGGAGAGUUCUAAAGUUGUUAUCAAAAAAUGUGUAACAGUUGAAAAAUCAUUUACUGGCACAUGUACCGAGUACUGUUAUUCAGAAGCUAUUUCUGCAAGCCAAAAUACAGAUGCACUACUUGUUGGUAAUGGAUGUGGCAAUAAGUUGUAAUCUAGCUGCAUUGCUUUCGCAACCCGGUAAACACUUCUUAAAUCUUUUUGUGUGUGGAUGCAAAUUUUACUGAGCACAUAUUUUACCUACCUGUUAACAUGUUGUGAAAUGCAGUGAUCUAAAUAAUGUGGUCAAGAAAAUCUGUCAUGAUCUAGACGUAUCCUUCAUAUAUUUUCCUGUAAAUGAUUUUUCAGUUGAGGUUGCAAAUUUUACUACUCAGGUACAACACUAAGAGCAGAAAGAGAAAGCAAACAUGUGGCCUUUUCAGAUGUUAAGUGUUUAAUGUUAGUUAAUAUAAAGUAACUCCGUGUUAUGAGUAUUGAACUAUUGGAAUACUACAGAUAAUUAUUUAUUCAGUUCUAGGGGGUUGUGGAUCUGUGUUUAAUGCAGCAGCAAAGUACUAUACUUAGUGUAUGGAAAGGAACAAGAUGUCUUUGUUAACAAUUCAAGCUUCUCAAUGGAAUUUUGAUUUUGCUGAAACUGAGACAUCCAUUGAAAACAACAUAAAAUUCAAAAUACAUGUAUACAUUUCAAAUCCUAUAAAAGAAAUUUUUGGUCUGAAGUCAGCAGUUUGUCUUCCAGUUCAUGGAGGCAGUAAAAAUUAUAUUUUUGCCCUUUUUUUUUGUAAUGCAGAGUAAUUUCAUUAUUCUACUUGAGACUAAAAUCUUAAUGCGAAGCAGGAUAUGUCAUGUAGCAGUAGAAAUUGAAUAAAAUUGAUGACUAAAGAGCACUGGACUGUCGUACUAGAGCGAAGUGAUACAGCGAGAUGACUCUUCUCAGGUCCUUAGAUAGAUAUGUGAUCCAGUUUUACCCAGAAUAAGUUUGUCAGUCUCUGUUGUCUUCACAUCAACACAACACUAAAAUAAUGCUUGUAAAUGAGAUAAUACUUUCUCUAUAGGGCAAUUUAUUUGUAUCUGUGGUAACUUUAUUCUGGGUAAAAUGAAGUGGCAUUUUGAUUGUUAUUUGUACUAAAUUUGAGUACAAACUUCACUCUAUUUUAAAAAGUAACAAUAUGGUGACUAUAGGACAUGUAGUCUGAUAGAUGGAAAGCUUCAUUUUUCAACUCGGUUUUUAAGACAUGAUAUUGUAUUUUGACUGAAAACUGAUAUAUCUGUUGAAGUUUUUACACAAAAUGUUAUUCUUAGAGGAGGGACUUCAAAGUUAAUGGUAAAUUUCUGUUUUAAUACAUUUAAAAUCUGUAUGAUGUCAUCCAUUGAUUUUUACUCUAUUUGUUUUUCACUUAAAUGAAAAACAUGUUGACAUCUGUACAUUUUAUUAGAAAUAUUUAUGUAUUAAAAUAGUACAACUAACA